CCCACCUCCUGGGCCCGAGGGACGCGCGCUUGGGCGGGCGGCCGGGCGACGGGUGGCAGGGAGCUGCCCCCGCCCGCGCCCCUCCGCGCCGGGCCGGGUGGCGCGGCCUGAAUCGCCCGCGAUGGCGAGCCCGCCGCUGAAUGGGCCCCCUGGGCCGGCGGGCGGCGACGGCCCGAACCUCAACAACAAUAACAACAACAACAACCACAGCGUGCGCAAGUGCGGCUACCUGCGCAAGCAGAAGCACGGCCACAAGCGCUUCUUCGUGCUGCGCGGGCCCGGCGCGGGCGGCGACGAGGCGACAGCGGGCGGGGGGUCGGCGCCGCAGCCGCCGCGGCUCGAGUACUACGAGAGCGAGAAGAAGUGGCGGAGCAAGGCGGGCGCCCCGAAGCGGGUGAUCGCGCUUGACUGCUGUCUGAACAUCAACAAGCGAGCCGACGCCAAGCACAAGUACCUCAUCGCCCUCUACACUAAGGACGAGUACUUCGCGGUGGCGGCCGAGAACGAGCAGGAGCAGGAGGGCUGGUACCGCGCUCUCACCGACCUGGUCAGCGAGGGCCGCGCGAGCGCUGGCGACGCGGCCAGCUCCGCGUCCUGCAGCGCCUCCCUGCCGGGCGCCCUGGGCGGCUCUGCCGGCGCCGCGGCGGCCGAUGACAGCUAUGGGCUCGUGGCACCCGCCACGGCCGCCUACCGCGAGGUGUGGCAGGUGAACCUGAAGCCCAAGGGCUUGGGCCAGAGCAAGAACCUGACGGGCGUGUACCGCCUGUGCCUGUCGGCGCGCACCAUCGGCUUCGUGAAGCUCAACUGCGAGCAGCCGUCGGUGACGCUGCAGCUCAUGAACAUCCGCCGCUGCGGCCACUCAGACAGCUUCUUCUUCAUCGAGGUGGGCCGCUCGGCCGUCACAGGCCCCGGCGAGCUGUGGAUGCAGGCCGACGACUCGGUGGUGGCGCAGAACAUCCACGAGACCAUCCUGGAGGCCAUGAAGGCGCUCAAGGAGCUCUUCGAGUUCCGGCCGCGCAGUAAGAGCCAGUCGUCCGGGUCUUCGGCCACCCACCCCAUCAGCGUCCCCGGCGCGCGCCGUCACCACCACCUGGUCAACCUGCCCCCUAGCCAGACAGGCCUGGUGCGGCGCUCACGCACCGACAGCCUGGCUGCCACCCCGCCGGCCGCCAAGUGCAGCUCCUGCCGCGUUCGCACGGCCAGCGAGGGCGAUGGCGGCACGGCGGCAGGGACCGGGACAGCGGUCGGCAGGCCAGUGUCGGUGGCCGGGAGCCCCCUGAGUCCCGGGCCGGUGCGCGCGCCCCUGAGCCGCUCGCACACCCUGAGCGGCGGCUGCGGUGGCCGCGCGAGCAAAGUGACGCUGGCACCGGCAGGGGGCGCUCUGCAACACAGUCGCUCCAUGUCCAUGCCGGUGGCGCACUCACCCCCGGCCGCCACCAGCCCCGGCAGCCUGUCGUCCAGCAGCGGGCACGGCUCAGGCUCCUACCCGCUGCCCCCAGGCCCGCACCCGCACCUGCCGCACCCAUUGCACCACCCCCCAGCUCAGCGCCCCUCCAGCGGCAGCGCCUCUGCCUCCGGUUCCCCCAGCGACCCCGGCUUCAUGUCGCUGGACGAGUACGGCUCCAGCCCUGGCGACCUGAGGGCCUUCUGCGGCCACAGGAGUAACACGCCCGAGUCCAUCGCGGAGACGCCCCCUGCCAGGGAUGGCAGCGGGGGCGAGCUGUAUGGGUACAUGACCAUGGACAGGCCCCUGACCCACUGUGGCCGCCCCUACCGCAGAGUCUCUGGAGAUGGGGCCCCGGACUUGGAUAGAGGGCUGAGAAAGAGGACUUACUCGCUGACCACACCUGCCCGGCAGCGGCCGGUGCCCCAGCCCUCCUCUGCCUCCCUGGAUGAGUACACCCUAAUGCGGGCCACCUUCUCAGGCAGCUCAGGCCGCCUCUGCCCGUCAUUCCCCACCUCCUCCCCCAAAGUGGCCUAUCACCCCUAUCCCGAGGACUAUGGGGAUAUCGAGAUUGGGUCUCACAGGAGCUCCAGCAGCAACCUGGGGGCAGAUGAUGGCUACAUGCCCAUGACCCCUGGCGCAGCCCUCAUGGGUGCCAGCGCCAGCGGCUGCAAAAGCGACGAUUACAUGCCCAUGAGCCCCACCAGCGUGUCUGCCCCCAAACAGAUCCUGCAGCCCAGAGCUGGUCCCGCAGCUGCCUUGCCCCCCACAGGAGCAGCAGUGCCAGCGCCCCCCUCUGCAGCUGGCAGGACCUUCCCAGUGAAUGGGGCCGGCUACAAGGCCAGCUCCCCGGCAGAGAGCUCCCCAGAGGACAGUGGGUACAUGCGCAUGUGGUGUGGAUCCAAGCUGUCCGUGGAGAACACCGACUCAAAGCUGCUUCCCAAUGGGGACUACCUCAACAUGUCCCCCAGUGAGGCGGGCACUGCUGGCACCCCACCCGACUUCUUCUCGGCAGCCUUGCAUGGUGGGGAGGAGGUGCUCAAAGGUGUCCCAGGGUACUGCUACAGCUCCCUCCCCCGCUCCUACAAGGCUUCCUACACCUGCAGUGGGGACGGCGACCAGUACGUGCUCAUGAGCUCCCCCGUGGGGCGGAUCCUGGAAGAGGAGAGGCCUGAGACUCAGUCUACCCCAGGGACUUCCCAGUUGGCCAGCAGCUUUGGGGCUGGUGGAGGCAACCACAUUCAGUCUUAUCAUCCAGCAGUACCUUCACCUAUGAGGCCAGGUGGCGGAGGUGGCCGCCCAGAUGGCUUCCUGAGCCAUCGCUGCCGGGCAGUGCGACCCACACGCUUGUCCUUAGAGGGGUUGCAGACCCUGCCCAGCAUGCUCGAGAACCCACUGCCCCCAGAACCCAAGAGCCCUGGCGAGUACAUCAACAUAGACUUUGGCGAGGCAGGAACCCAGCUGUCACCGCCUGCCCCUCCGCUGCUGGCAUCAGCGGCCUCGUCCUCUUCACUGCUGUCUGCUAGCAGCCCAGCCUCAUCCCUGGGCUCAGGCACCCCGGGCACAAGCAGUGACAGCCGGCAGCGCUCCCCACUCUCUGACUACAUGAACCUGGACUUCAGCUCCCCCAAGUCCCCCAAGCCUGGCACCCGCAGCGGGGACCCCAUGGGCUCUCUGGAUGCCCUUCUUUCCCCUGAUGUCUCCUCCCCCUAUCCACCACUGCCCCCUCGUCCCUCUGCCUCCCCGUCCUCUCUACAGCAGCCCCCACCCCCCCCAGGGGAGCUGUACCGCCUGCCUCCAGCAUCUGCCGCUGCCACCUCCCAGGGCCCCAGUGCUACUUCCUCGAAGUCCUCUGAACCUGGGGACAAUGGUGACUACACCGAAAUGGCCUUUGGUGUGGCUGCCACCCCGCCACAACCCAUUACGGCACCCCCAAAGUCCGAAGGUGCCCGAGUGACCAGCCCCACAUCGGGCCUGAAGAGGCUGAGUCUGAUGGAUCAGGUGUCUGGAGUUGAGGCCUUCUUGCAGGCCAGUCAGCCCCCCGAUCCCCACCGGGGGGCCAAAGUCAUCCGGGCAGACCCGCAGGGGGGCCGCCGCCGUCACAGCUCAGAGACCUUCUCCUCCACCACCACAGUCACUCCUGUGUCCCCGUCCUUUGCUCACAACCCUAAGCGCCACAGCUCAGCCUCUGUGGAAAACGUGUCUCUCAGGAAAAGCAGUGAGGGCGGUUGCAGCAGCAUUCUAGGAGGGGGCCUUGGAGGAGGUGACGAGCCACCCACAUCCCCAGGACAGGUGCAGCCCCCGCUCCCUGGGCCCCUGCCACCACAGGCACGGCCUUGGACCCCAGGUCAGCCUGGUGGGUCUCCCAUGCGAAGAGAGAUCUCCUCGGGUUUCCAAAACAGCCUCAACUACAUCGCUAUCGAUGUGAGGGAUGAGCCUGGGCUCUUGCCCCAACCUCAGCCCCAGCACCCACAGCCAGGAGACAAGAGCUCCUGGGGCCGGACCCGUAGCCUGGGGGGUCUCCUCAGCGCUGUGGGGGGCAGCAGCACCAGUGUGGGCUGUGGGGGUCCGGGCCCCGGUGCCCUGCCCUCUGCCAGCACCUACGCCAGCAUUGACUUCCUGUCGCAUCACCUGAAGGAGGCCACAGUUGUGAAAGAGUGAAGCUGCCUGGCUCCGUGGCCCCGAGGUCGCACGUCGGAGAUCCCACAAGGGUCACCAUGUUUUCAACCCAAAGCUGCUUACUCGUUUCUUUCGGAUCUGAGCAACUCUACAGUUUGAGACGUCUGGGAACUGUGUCAGACAAGGAAGCAACGUGGCCAGAGGGAGGUGGCCUGCCUCUCUUGCUUGUCCCUGUGGGGCGUUCUUCAUUGUGCUGUUUGUGGUGACUUCUGUUUUGGUUUCUAACUAAAUGAGCUGAAGAGGUUAUUGUCAAGCAAAUGGGACAUUUUCAUUGGCCCUUUUAAAUGGUAGCCAGUGUCUUAUUUCCUUCUGACUUUGGUUUUGGCAAAGCAAAUGUAUCCCUCAGCAUGCUAAAAGGUUCUGCAACACCCACUGAAGUGGUAAAAUCUGGUAUUUACUGGCUUACACUCAAAACUACCACAGUCCUACCUCAGUUCAAGGCAAAGCCUGAUUGCGUGGUUGGGCACAGAGGACCUCCUGCAUAUCUACUCCAGGGUUGCCAGGGAGGUCUGAGGCCUCAUCAGUGCUGAAGGGGACGCAGAUUCCAGUCCAGGUACCUGCGACGUUUACGUGCGCACAGAGCCCAGUGUGGGACUGACGUUUCUCUACAGAAGUGAAAUCUGGGAUUGGACUAUGAAGACAGAUUAAUAAUAAUUAUUAGUAAAUGGAACUGAAGCAACCUACUUUUGAAAAAUUAUCAACU